AUGGCGUGCUGCUGGUGUGAAACGCUGGCAUCCAGCUCAAGUGGUCGAGUCACUGAGAUCACGCAACAAGAGAUUUUUCUUUUGCCGAUUUCAUCGAAACAAUUUUUCAUUUUGCAGCAACCCGAUUGCUUUUUUGAUUUUUUUUCUGGUUUAUUGUAUGGGCCUACUUCUUUCGCGUUCUCGUGGCCUAGCAUUCGCGUUUUUCCAUUUGCACUUGGAUCAUUUUUUGACAGAGUUUUCGUACAUCAAGUUAGCCUAUCAUCACCAAGCCAAGUUGUAAAUGGAAGGUACUACUAUCUCUAUCCUGUUUCCUUUUAA